UUCACUGUGUUGGGGGGCGGGAGUUCCUGGAGCUAGAGUCUUCGGUGUGACUGCGAAAACAGUGUGAUGGUCGCUACUCUCCGAAUGGGAAAGGAAAACUAGCUAAUUUUCCUGUCCUCCUCUGAAACUAGCCAGAUUGCAAGACGAAAAGUGGAAGGCUCUGAAACUAAGAAGACUGAAAAUAGAACGUUCUUCAAUUUCACAACUCUUAACAACCCCCGACUGGCAGAAUUCGAAGAAUAACACGGCUGUUUUUGUUUUAACCCUGUGACGAAAAAGAACAAGUUGGCUAAAAACUUAAUGUAAUUACACAAGAUAACAUUUUAAAUUGGUUUCGCUUUUAGCAAAUUUAGAAGGUGCUCAGAGUUUACCACAUAAGUUAGUUAGCUAGUCUAACCUUCGGAGUUAUUUAAUUUCAAGUUAAAUCAAGUGAAAACAGUCUGGAAGCCAAGACAAGGCCCACAGUCAUUGCAGCGCCGUGCAUUGAGAGUCGACAGCCUACUCGGUGACGCAAGUGACUUCUCGUUGAGGAGCCUAGAAGUGGAUGGCUCAUGACUUCUGACCAGGAUACAAAAGUUGUCGCUGAACCCCAGGUGCAGCAGGUACAGGAAGCUAAAGACAGCCCAUCUCUGGAAUCCAACAAGGUCUCUCAUCUUAACCCGAAUGCGAAAGUAUGGGCCAAUCACAUGCUGAGCCUGGAAGCUGCAGGGACCGCUGACUCCGCCCCCACCCCCGACCAAUGGAAGGAGGCCUCUGACAUCACAGCCGACCCCGGCCCAGAAGGGUAUGACGCCACCGAGGACAAGGAGGCGGAGUACGUGGCGCCGUUGCUAUUGGACGCCGAUGAUCCACCCCCGGUCGCGCUGAUCGAGCCCGCCAAAAUGGCCGCCGUCACCCUGGAGGUUCCGGAUCCGGCGUACACGGAGUUUGAGCCCGCGCAGGACUCCAGCCAGACUGGGGGCAGCGAUGCGCACCUGGAAGAUGAGCUGGGCGACCUGCGGGAGCAUCUGAAGAAGACCCUGGAGUUCUGCCUCUCCCGGGAAAACCUUGCCAGCGACAUGUACCUUAUCUCUCAGAUGGACAGUGACCAGUAUGUGCCAAUUAUGACCGUCGCAAAUCUGGACCAUGUGAAGAAGCUGAGCACCGAUGUGGAUUUGAUCGUCGACGUUUUACGGUCUUUGCCUUUGGUCCAAGUGGACGAGAAAGGCGAGAAGGUACGACCGAACCAGAACCGCUGCAUCGUCAUCCUCCGGGAGGUCCCCGAGGCCACGCCCCUGGAGGAGGUGGAAGGGCUUUUUCAGGGAGAGAACUUGCCCAAGUUCAUCAGCUGUGAGUUUGCGUACAACGACAACUGGUUCAUCACCUUCCAGUCAGAGUCCGACGCUCAGCAGGCAUAUCGGUACCUUCGGGAAGACGUGAAAGUUUUUCAAGGGAAGCCUAUAAAGGCCAGAAUAAAAGCCAAGGCCAUCGCCAUCAACACCUUUUUGCCAAAGAAUGGCUACAGACCGGUGGACGUGAACCCGUACGCCCAGCAGCGCUAUACCUCCUUCUACAUCCCCCCGGUGUACAGCCCCCAGCAGCAGUUCCCCCUGUACAGCCUGAUCGCCCCCCAGGCCUGGUCCACCACGCACGGAUUCAUCGACCCCGCGCUCGUGACGCCGUUUCACAACACCGGAUUCAUUAACGGAUUUACGACGUCUCACGGUUUCAAGCCCGCGACGUCGCCUCUGUCUGUCCGACAGUACUCUCCCAGGAACAGGAAUCACACCAAACCUCACCUGCGCCCGUCGCUGCCCAGCGUGGACCGCGGCUCGGGGCUCCUGGACAGCCCGGCGGCCAUCUUUAACUUCCCCGGGGAGCGGCUCCUGAACGGGACACGCAGCCCGCAGACCCGCCCCCCCGGCCAGAACCGCGCCCGCCUGCAGACCAGCGCCGUGUUCCCCCGCAGAGACCUGGGCACGGGACGUCCCGAAGCCAUCACCGCGGACUACUCUCUCAGCAUGGGCCGGGGAAGGAAAAAUAUUUAUGGUUAUAGGAAAAAGAGGGACGACAAGUUUACAAGGGGCCCCACCCAGUCCCCCCCGCCUCCCCAGAAGCCCCCCUCCCCGAGCUUCGAGCUGGGCCUGUCCAGCUUCCCCCCGCUGCCGGGCGCCGCCGGCAACCUCAAAACCGACGACCCCCUGGAGACCCGACUGUCCGGCACGGGCGCCCGAGCCGCCAAGGACAAGAAUGUAAACACGGAUGCCAGUACCAACACUAUGCCGUCAGGAAUCCCUAAAGAGCCCCAGACUGUUACUACCGCCCCCCCGCCGGCCUGCACAGAGCGCCCCCCCCACCCCCCCGCUGCCCCCGCUGUGACCGCGGGGGUUUUUCUGCGUUGGGUGUGUGAGGCGGAUUUUGGGAGGGGUUUGGUCCGUGUCCUGAGGCGGAUUCUUUCUUUUUUGGAUGGGGGCGUGGCGGGGGUGUCCCGCAGUGAGCUGAAGGUUCCGGAGGAGCAGCAGAAGGAGACUCAGGCCCCCCCCACGGAGCGGCUGGCUGCCCCCCCGGCCACUGCAAGCAAAUCUGUGCAAGUGAACGGCGCUUCGACGGAGCUUCGGAAGCCCAGUUACGCGGAGAUCUGCCAGCGGAUAAAGGACACGGCCGCGACGCAGCCACCGCCACCGAAAGAGCCCAAGCCCACCGCCACGGAGGAGAGGAAGACUCCCGAGCAGGCCGGCGACCGGGGGGAGCCCCGAAACAGAGACACGCACCCCUCCAAGCCCGCCCCGCCCCGCCCCAGAGAGGCCCGGAGACCGGCUGGGCGGUGGCCCUCCCCCCCUCCGCCCCCCACCCCAAAAUCCCCGCACUAAGAUCACUACAGCACAGGCCGAGGCCUCUGGGCUGCUCGGAAUCUGUCCCACAGUAAUACAGCCACUGCCCACCAGGGGGCGCAUCACCGGAUCAGGGGCUCUCCAACAGAACGGAAAAACAAAAACAAGCACUUUUAGUGUGUAGAGCACGAUCUUUAUUUUAUUUUUUUUUCCUUAUUUAAGUUUUAUUUCUUGUUUUUUUGCUUUGUCAGUUUGGCAUUAAUCAGACUUCCUGUUUGUGCGGGCUGUGCGCGAUGGGUUUGCUCUGAGCUCGAGUCAAACCUGGCUUCCGCGAGGAGUUUCUGUCCUUUGCAGCUGAUAGAGCUCGUGCUGAGCUACUUUAACCCUUAAACGGCAGCAGAAAAAUUACUGACAUCGGGGUCGGAAAGUCGGUUGAUGUAGUGCUGAAGAGUUCGACUUUUGUGCUAUAGUCGGUCUUAGGAUGUACCUUUCCUGUGAGCUGGCAGGUAGUUUCCAUACUCAUUUUUGCAUUGCUUAUUUAUCCUAGGUUUGGGUUAGUGCAGUUUUCGGCACGAUUAGAAAACAAACUACACUUUUUUUCUUUUUCGUGGUUUGACAAGUCAUGGAUCCAGGACUGGAAUUCCUUUUGGCCAUUAGAAAUCAGAUUUUUUAUUUAUUUUAUUUUAUUUUUUUGUUUUCGACACCAGCCGCAGAUGAGGACAGUUUUUUUUUUUUAAUCAAUUAGUCUGACGGCUGAAGGGCUGUUGGGGCCAUAACCGUUUCUUCAUGUCUGUAGUUUAAAGAGAGAGAGCCUUCGUUUUGUACGUAUUUAUUCAAAAUACCAUUUUGUCUUUCGUCCCGGAAAGAAUUUACCAACAAAUUGUAUUUUUUUAAAAAGUUAAAAUUGCCCAAUGCUCGUUUGACCCCCGCUGUAAAUAUUAAAUCCGGGUCAGUAGGAAUCGACAUAUUCAAACUAGAGAUGCUCAUCAGGUGGGUUUGUUGGUGCCUGUAGUUUUUUAAUCGCUGUAAAAUGACCUUGUUCAGCAGGCACAUACGCUACAGGCAGCGAUAAAUGCAGUUGAGUCUCUCCCGCUUCCCCGAAAAAAAAACCGUUGGAUGGGUUCAAACGGCAACGCGGUGGUUUCAUUUAGUCAAGGGACUCCUCGAAAUGGUGCUAGCGGUUGUAUCUGGAGCUUGUUACACCAACUUAGCCUGGUACUGUAUUUAGACAAACUUGAUCUACGUUUUAACUUUGCACUACUCGAUUGCCAGAGCGAUUGUUACAUUUGAUUUCAGUUUGUUUCCGGCGAGCCAAUAAAGGGAAGUUUCUUUAACUGACGAAUGGGGGGUAAACGACGUUGUCUUAGACAUGCAAACCUGGCUUUCUUAUGCUUCCCCUUCUUCUGUGGUGUCCGUUCUGUAUCCAGGUCCGUUUGCUUUAAAUCUAGAAGUGGCCUACUACGAUGCCUAAGGAUUUGAACUUCCUUAAAUUUCACGUUCACAUAUUCUGCUACGUUUCUACAUGGAUACCUAGCAUCAGCAUACAUUUACAUGAAAGUAGAGAAUCCAGACGACGUGCGAUUCCUGUUCGAUUUUUAAAUUUGCCUGAGAGACGCAAGUCCACCCAUGCCAGCCCAGUGUUCUGAAAAUCACUGUAUUGAAAUUCCUCGUCUAACCUCUUGCUUUAAUCAUUUUUUAUCGGACUGUUGUGUCUAUCUUAACUCAAGGGUUAUGAGUUCGCGUUCAGUCUGUUAUAAGUUGGAUGUUAGGCAGAACGGAUUUGCUUUUGUGAGUUUUUUUUUUUAGGUAUGCUUGGCAGCGGGUUUUCAGCUGUUCAGUAUUGGCUGUUUCGGCCACUUUGUCUUCUCGAUACUCUGUGUUGCGGGAUUAAUUGUCUGGAACCAGCCCCAAUAACGGAAAAUACUGAAAUGAUACUGGGGAAUUGUCGUUGUGACGGCGUGUCGAGCGUAGAGGGUGCUGAUUUGAGUGUAGGCAGGUCCCUUGUUCACUCGGUCUUGGGGGGCACACGGCCAACUGUUGAAUUUGGGGUCUCUUUAGAACCGGGGUGUCAGACUCCCUUCUUGGCGGGCUGUAGUUUCUGUUGGCAUUGGUUAGCCAAUCAGUGACUUAAAUUAGUCGCUAGUGCUGAAUCUGACCGAAUACCAACAGAUUCUACCGCCCUCCAGGACUGAAGUUUGACACCCCUGACUUUAGAAUUUGGCAGUGACUGCAGAUUAUAAGUGUUUUCUGUGGAACUUCUGUGCAAACGGCUUCUCUAUUUUGUGUUGUUUCUGGCAGAUGUCGCUUGGCUCUCUUACCGCGUGGUCUGCAUAGUGCACUACUUUGAAACGGGUGUGCGUUAAAAUCCGGACACGCGCCAUUCCCCCGGACCGCGUGCCAAGCGCGCGUCGCCCGAUUAACGUGCGCGCCGUCUCUCUCUCUCUCUCUCUCUCUCUCUCUCCUGUCUCCCGUUGACGUCUUCCUACAGUAUGCAGCAUCUUGGAGGAAACAGUUGUAACAUGGAGACACUACGUGAGAUAUCACCCACCAUGACGGUCGUUUCCUCUGAUUAUCUUUACACGUUUGAUGUGUAAAAAAAAAAAAAGACAUUUCUUUUUCGCGAACGAUAUUGCUGAAGUAAGUUAGAUUCUGAAGGAAUGAAAUGCACUAAGGGUUUGCAGUCUUCGAGGGGUUCUUUUUUAACCGUGGGAUUCAAAAGGACGCGUCGCACAUGCUCAUUAACAAACCAGUGCUGUUUUUUUUCCCGUCAAAUAUAUCACUUAAACAGGUUAUCUUUUUCUUUUCUUUUUUUGGAAGAACACGAAACAUGAAUAUAUAUAUUUAUAAUUUCCAUCCAGUGUUUGAAAACUUGAAUUUUAUUUAAACUUGAAAAUGACUUUGCCUUAACUUUUAUAUAAGACAGCUUAGUAUCGCUUUUUGAACCCCAAAAGGUUACCGAGAGUGACGUAGUGUACCGCUCCGCUAAACCGGCUGUCCGUAGUCUUACUUGGUCUCAGAAAAAGUAAAAAUCUAUCAGCAGAUAAUUUUUUUGUAAUAUACAUGAAAAAUCUUAUUUGAAAUUCUUUUUUUUUUUUUUUCAGUUUCUAUUUUCAGUUUGGGGAAAAUAAAUCCUGUAAAUGCAAAUAGUUAAUACUGUAUUAAAUAUGUUCACUUUGAAGUGUGUGCUUUUGCGUGUACAGAUGUAAAUAAUCAGAAAAAGUAUAAAAGAGGUACCUAAAAAUGAUUUAAAAAGUUUAUUGAUCUUGUUGAAAUAUUAAUGUUGUUAUUGAGCUGGAUGUAGAUUAAAUGCUAAAUGUUGUGGUUUGAUUUUUAUUUGAUUUUUUUUCUGGUGUGUGGAAUAUUCUGCCGUCAUACUGCAAUGUGGGCAGAUGGUCUGAUUGUAAUUUUAACACGUCAUUCUCAUUCCGUUUUCUUGUCGUCCUUGCUCAAUAUCUGGAUUGCUAGAUCGUUUCUGUAAUACAACACCUUUCACUGUGCAGUAUUAAAGCACGGCUUACGGAGUUUGGGUUUGAGAACAAGGGGUUCAAAUGUACACGUUGUCGCAUCCUACCGAUUCAUGAGAUAAAGCCAGAUGCUCUGUUAUAUUGACCCAUAUAACAACAAUGUAAAAUUGUUUCUCCCUUUUCACAAAAGCACAUUGUUUUAAGCACAGUCAUUUGAGGAACCUUGUUAAAAACCCAAACUAGUUCCACCCUUUGGUCUUCAUACGGGCAUACACCAGACAAAAACUGUAACCUAAAAAUGAGUGUGCUAAAUGCAUUUGCGAUUUUUCUGUUUUCAUCUUUUUUUUUUUCUUGUAUGUUUUUUCAAUAGAAGAGAGGUUCAUUCUCCAAAAACGCCUCCCCCACCAACGUCAGAUAAUUAUUGUACAAAUGAUUUGACCUUUCCCAUUGUAAGCUUUGUAGCGAUCACAAAAGUCAAUUUUGUGUAGAUAUUGUUACACUUGUAACGCAGACGGAAAAUUGAUUUCGGGCAAACUCUGUAACCUCUUGUCCCAGUACGCGCGUGGACUGCAGUCCGCGUGGCAAAAAGUUAACUGUGCCAUUCGUUUCAAAGCUAUGGCGGUUUGACCUGUACAUAGUUACAGCUUGCCAUUCAGAUUUUUUUGAUUAUUAUAUACUGCCGUUAACCGAAGGAAAUGGCGGUAAACCAGCGAUUCAGUCGCGAUCCGGAUACACUCAGACAUCAGAAGUGCAGGCGAUUAUCGCAAAUAAGACGACUGGCAAAUUUGACUUUACCUUUUUGUUUGUUUACAAGUCAAGAAUCGUUGUGUUGUACUCGAUGCUAAUGUAUGCCAAUGUCAGUUGUGUUUAAAGUGUAGCUAUACUGCAUAUACUGUUGUCACAGUACAUUGGGUAUGGAAUUUCUUUUUAUUCUUCCUUUUUUUUAAACAAAAAAAAAAUAGAGCUUCUGGAUUGUUUGUGUGUGUGUAUGUGUAUCGAAGUUUGCUAUUUGUCUGCACAAGUGAAACUGAACGCAAGAGUGGGUUUGAACCGGUAUGUAAAGGUUAACCACACGACAAGAAUGAAAUUCUGCAAAGAAAGUGGGAGAGAAAAAGGGUUGUGAUGUUACCCUGAGAAAGGUUGUGUUUUGUUUUUAUUUUUUGAUUUUCUUUAUUAAAGAGGAAAAUGGUAGAUGCUUCGUGCGUUGACAUGUUAAAGGCGCGUUUCCUAACCUCGAGAGAGCGGAGACGCUGCAGAUUGUAUGUAUGAUAAGACUUUGCUAUGCUGUGUAAUAUGUACGUUUUGCUUGCACUAAAGUUUUGUUGUGUGUUUGGGUUCUGCGCGUCAUAAUAAUCUGGCCCCUCCCCUUUUCCUCGUCUCUGUGAGCGGUUGACGCUGUGUGUGUUUCGCUGUCGGUGCAGCUGGCCGAUCGGCCGUUUUUUGUGAGUAAAGCAGUGUCAAGACACACUAGCUGACCGUGGUGAUGAGACGCACCGUUGCAUCUGUAUAGUUAUUUGAUCUCCUUUUUUCCCCGUCAUAACACAUCUCACUAACUGCAGUGGACAAUCUGUGAUCUGACUGGUGCGCGGGGCUUUGAGGGCUGGAAGAGAGACGUUAACAGCAGUCAUGGCCGUUAAUGGCGGUUUCAUCGCGAGGGCUUUUGUGUUUCUUACAUUAAGACUGGAAUCAAGCAUACAUGUCAACUAUUGAUAAUUUAAUUUUUUUUUCUUGUCAUGAUGUAAACUGUCUAAUUUGGAAAAAUGUAGCUUACUGAAAGAAAUAAAGAUUUAGGCACUGUUAUCAAAUCCUA